UGACCUUUACUCUUUGACCUAUGUACACAGUGUGCCAAGUGGGCUUGCGAUCUGUCUGUGUGCUGAUUGUGGUGCUGAGUAGCUAUUUUUUUUAGCACUUAUUUGAUUAUUUUUCUACUAUCAGUCUUCUUUAAAGUUUUUAAGAAUGUCUUCGUUGGAUGAUGUAGGAACAGAGACGGUGGAGGAGGCAACACCAUUCAUCGGCCUCCUGGAUAUUUUUGUCCUGUCAGCAUGUUUGGGUCUCGGUAUCUACUGGUUCUUCUUUAAAGGAAGGAAAAAGGAAGAGUCGAUUAACAUAAAGAAUUUUAAUAUUGCUGCUCCGAUGAUGAAGGCAGCAGACUCCUGUUUUAUUCAAAAGAUGAAGUCAACGAAUAAAAAUAUAGUAAUUUUCUAUGGUUCACAAACGGGUACAGCAGAAGAGUUUGCUGGAAGGUUGGCAAAAGAUUCGCAACGAUACGGAAUGAAAGCCCUUCUUCAGGACCCAGAGGAAAGCGAAAUGGAAGACUUGACUCGCCUGAAGGAAAUUGACAAUUCUUUUGCUAUAUUUUGCAUGGCAACGUAUGGGGAGGGCGACCCUACAGAUAAUGCUCAAGAAUUCUACGACUGGCUACAAGAAGGCAGCCCAGACUUGCAAGGACUUAAAUUUGCUGUUUUUGGACUAGGCAACAAAACUUAUGAACAUUAUAAUGAGAUGGGAAAAUUUGUUGACAAGAAAUUGGAGGAGCUUGGAGGCGAGCGGUUAUUUGAGCCUGGGUUAGGAGAUGAUGAUGGAAACAUGGAAGAAGAUUUUGUUACAUGGAAAGAUAAAUUUUGGCCAAGUGUCUGUGAGCACUUUGGAGUUGAAGCAACAGGUGAUGAGAGCAGUAUACGUCAGUAUUCUGUGACUGUACAUGAGGAUAUACCAGAUGAGAAGAUCUACACUGGAGAACCAGCAAGACUUCACUCACUUCAGAAACAGAAAGGACCAUUUGAUGCAAAGAAUCCAUUUGUCUGCAAGGUUCAGAUCAAUCGUGAACUCCAUAAGGGAGGUGAAAGGUCAUGUAUGCAUAUAGAAUUUGAUAUUACCGACUCCAAAAUACGAUAUGAGUCAGGUGAUCAUGUUGCUGUGUAUCCAAUGAAUAAUCUUGGUCUGGUUGAUGGAAUUGGCAAGAUUCUUAAUCAAGAUCUUGAUGUUUUAUUUAGUUUAAAUAAUGUUGAUGAGGAUGCAAGUAAGAAGCACCCAUUCCCUUGUCCUUGUACAUACCGUACCGCACUGUCUUUCUACUUGGACAUCACAAACUGUCCACGUACCAAUGUCCUCAAAGACAUUUCUGAGUAUUGCUCUGACGAGAAGGACAAAGAAUUCUUGUUGAAAAUGUCAUCCGCUACGCCAGAAGGCAAGAAAGAAUACAGUGACUGGGUUGUUAAAUCUCAUAGAAAUAUUCUAGCAAUAUUGGAAGAUUUGCCAUCUUGUAAACCACCGCUGGAUCACUUAUGUGAAUUGUUACCACGGCUACAGGCCCGAUACUAUUCUAUUUCAUCUUCACCUAAGUUGCAUCCUAGUAGUAUUCACAUAACAGCUGUCUUAGUUGAAUACACCACACCCACGAAUCGAACCAACCUAGGGGUCGCCACCAGUUGGUUGAAAGACAAAAUUCCCAACGGACCAGAGAAUGUCCCUAAAGUGCCGAUCUACGUUCGAAAAUCGCAGUUCAGGUUACCAUUCAAACACACAACGCCGGUGAUCAUGGUCGGACCAGGCACUGGUCUGGCGCCAUUCCGUGGAUUCAUCCAGGAAAGAAGUGCCAGCAAGCAAGACGGGAAGGAAGUUGGAGAAACUGUCCUGUUUUUCGGUUGCCGUAAGGAAGCAGAAGAUUUUAUCUAUCAAGAUGAGUUAAGUGAGUAUGUGGACAAUGGCACACUUACGCAUAUGUAUGUGGCCUUCUCACGUGACCAAGCCCAGAAACGCUAUGUACAAGAUAUAAUGAAGGAGCAAGCUGAUAAAAUAUGGGAAUUACUGGAAAAGGGAGCACAUAUAUAUGUAUGUGGUGAUGCUCGUAACAUGGCGCCGGAUGUACAGAAGACAAUUCGUGAAAUUAUCAGCGAGAAAGGUGGCCUAGCAUCCGGGGCGGCUGAUGACUACCUUAAGAAGAUGCAGUCCAAGGGACGGUACUCAUGCGACGUUUGGAGUUAAUUCAGAGUGAUGUUACAUGUAAUCUAAAAUGAAGUUGUUAUUUGUUAUGCAGGAAAUUGUUACUUUGUGAAUCUCAAAUUCGUUGGGACAUGGUCAAAUCUAAGAUUUUCUAAACACCUGAUAUUUCGGGCCAGUAUUAAAGUAGUACUGUAUUCCCACAGUAUGAUAUCACACUUGCAUGUAACAUACAUUUAAAUACCGACCAUUGCAUCUUGAUAUGAAUCGUAUGGUACAGGAUAGCCAAUAAUUGGAUGAAGAGCUGAGUAUGUUUACACUUUCAACAAGCAGCAUGGAUGCUUGUUGGCCAGAACGAUUGGUGUGAACACUUGGGAAUAUGACUUUUAACAGUUAGGCUGCACAUGUAAUAUUCUGUGUUUUAACACAUCUCAAGCAUAAUUAUUAAUAAAGAGAAUGCGCAUUACUGUAUUAUAAUUUGGAACCUCUAAUAAUGUUUGACCAAUUAUACAACACUGUUUAAUACUUGACAGAUGAGAGAAAAAAAACAAUAUCCAUUGGUGACAUGAUAUAUAACACCCAAACAGGGUAUAGUGCUAUCAUGCAGGAAAUAAAUUAGCCAUCUAUGAUUCUAUAAAAGCAGUUUUCCUCUAGGUGAAUUUAUAGCCGUGACAUAAAAUGUUUCGUUGUGUAAAAAUUAGUGCGAUUAUUUUCCAAUACAUGAACAAAAAGAUUUGUGGUACACAGUUUCACAAACAUUGUUUUCUGCGCUGCCGAUUGCGAGUGUGUGUGACAUUUAUACGCGUACAUAAAAAACUCUUUGAACAAAAUUUGCCUAAGUAAAGACUGUGGUGAAGGACUUGCACAUAAAUAUGAAACUGCGCAUGCGUACAUUCAAAAGCUUUCAAUUUGCGCCGACACAUUCGCCAAGUGGAAAACCAACUUUAGUUAUGUAGCCUGAGUACUCAUGUUGGUGGCUGGCUGUAAUUAAAACAAAUGGCAUUAUUCAUUAGUGACUAAAAUUUAAUGAUAAUUUACUUGAAAAUGAAUUUAGUGUUAUAUAUUUGUUUAUUAUUCAGUCACGUAAUCAAGUAAACAUAAUUGUUUUUUUAAUCAGAUUUCAGUAGGUGUGAGUGAGCAAAUUAUAUGUAUUUUCAAAUUAUUUAAUAUUUGUGAAUUGCAUUUAAGAUAAUUUUUAGUUAUCAAAAAUAAGCAAUUUCUUCCCUU